GAUUGCAACUGAAAUAUAAGUUUUCAAAUAAAUAACCGAAGAAUCCGCUGCUGAGCAGAACGAACAGUGCAUAUUAUUUCGGAUCGUCGUUUUCCGCAAAUACGAGCUGAUGAAACUUGAUUAAUUGUCGAGUGUUUACCGCUCGAGACCGCCAGGAAUUUUGCUCAAGGAUAAACGCAUCAGCGGAUAAACAAAAUCUACCGCGAAAUCUGCCAAUCUCUUUGCGUCAAACGCACAAGCCUUUCUCGACCCGCGAUACGCAUCUUAUCCUCAAGUUCGUCCGACUCAAUAUUGAAAUGUGUUCGAUAGCGAUGCCAGGGGAACUGAUGCUGGGACACAGUCCACCGGCGUACGGUCAUCAUCGUCUUUACGCUCAUCACCAGCACCACCACCACCAGCACCAGCAUCAUCGUCCUCCUCUCGUGGUUAAUCCGCCGCCGCAGCAGCAGCCGGUCAGCCAGGGCGUUUCCAGCAGCACGAGAUCGGUCCCACCUGCUAUAAGGCCGUGUCUCUCGAGCGGCGCGAUACUCGAAAGUGGCGGCGAUGCUGCGAGGAAGACGGAGGCUGCUGUUGCCGCGGCUAUCGCGAGAAGAAAAAAGAGAGUCGUUUUCGCGGAUGAUCGUGGACGUCCGUUGACGCAGAUCCGAGUCAUGUCGGAACCGAGCAACGCGCCACCGGUGUGGACGAACGCUUUUCUCGCGGGUGUCACUCGCGGUGUACGAUGGGGCGAGGAGCCUCAGGACGCGGGCGAACGAGGACAGCAACAGCAGGCCGAAGUGGAAAGGAGCGAGUCACGAUGGGAAACGGGCUUCGUUCAACCGGCCAGUGACUACUUGGCCUUCCGACGAAAGCUCGACGAAGAAGCGGUCAGUCUGGAAAACGUGAUCCUCCGGGAGGCCGAACAGUGUCUCGUCGGGACGAUCAAGGUUAAGAAUCUGACCUACGACAAAGAAGUUGUGGUGAGGGUGAGCAGCGACGGUUGGGCGAGCCACGAGGACGUUCAUUGCACCUACGUCGAGCAGCCUUCCUCCGUUCCCCAAGCUGCCCUUGUUCUUUACGACACUUUUCGUUUCCGUCUGACCCUGCCCCUCAAGUCGGACCAAGUUGAAUUUUGCGUUCGUUAUCGGGCAGCUCGAACCGCCGAGUACUGGGACAACAACGGUGGAAGGAAUUAUCUUGUUCGUAAACGGCACCAUCAAAGUCAGCUUCACCAAAAGCACCAAAAGAAUUUGCGAAGAACCGUCAGUUUGAACGACGUUGGCUCGUCGAUCGAUCCGAACAAUCCGAUAUUUGGCAGGGGAGCCGCUUCGCCCUGUCAUCAAUCCGAGCGUGGAGUAACGAGAAUUACGGAUGCAACGAGAGCCAAUAUGCUUACGUGGAGCGAGUUUGCCUCGUGGCAGCAUCUCAACAACGACACGCCGUACUGGUGAAACGAGCAGGAGGAGGAGGAGGAGGAGGAGGCGAGAGCGGACCGUUUGUAACAGCGCUCGAGAUUCAAAGAGUCUCGGAGUAUCGCGAGAAUCAAGCUUAUCGAGAGAAGAGGAAACGUAUUGAGAAAAGAGGCCGCACGCUUGUUGCAGCAUGCAGCGUGUUUCGAGACUCGAGUCGCCGUCGAUGCCGCAGCAACCGCAGCUCAAGGAAACUCUGUGCUUGAGCUCCUUCGGAGCAACUGCCUUCGCGAUACCGUACGAUCUUUCUCAAAUUUUCACAUUCGUCUCGCAGUUCCACUCUGAAACUCGUCCCGUCGAUUCAAUCAUCUUUCGACAGUCAACCCGUUGAUUCCUCGCACGGUGCUCCAAGCUCUCUUUUUCGCGAUUUUUAUAACGAUGCAACCGAAGAACGGGAAAAUGUUACUCAUGAAAACCACACGAGGUGUUGGUGAUUAAUGAAAUUUCAAUUUUUUACACUCGUUGGCGGAAAAGCCAACCGAUCGAUCGACCAGAGCGUUCGUUGGGGGGGAAGAGCGACUGGGGAGAGGAGAGGAGGGGGGGGGGGGGGGGCAAACGCGCCCUUUGCAGAGAGCCGCAAGACUGAAAAUUCUCGUGAUGACCCGUUCAUGCGCGUGUAUCCAAAAAAGUUUUUUUUUUCCUUUUUUUUUUAACAAUCGUUGUUUCAAUCUUGUAAAUAUCGUUAUAAUCGUUCCGAAUCGGACAAUUUCCUAAUUAUCGUUAGAAACAAUAGUUGGGAUAAGCUUUGUUAUUUACACGUGGAGAAAAGUUUGUUGUUUUAUAUUCGAUGAUACGAUAUCUUACGCAUAGCCGCAAUAAGAUUCAUAAGUGAUAUUUUUAUUAGUUAUUGUUAUGUUUUUAAGGCCAUGUAUUUAUUUAUCGAGAGAAUAAAGAGACGCGCGUUUUUAUAAGAUUAAAA